CGCAGCUACGGCCACCACGGACGCUAUUGUUCCCUGGUGUUAGACGUGCUUUCCCUCCUUUUCAUCUGAAGCGAACAAUAGGAGGAAAGAGCUUUGCUUUCGGUACUCCUCUGGAAGACGGUCAGAGAGCAAAGAAAAAUUCCCUGCCGAGCGUGCAACGGAUCUGGACCCUGGAGCGGCUGCGGGCGGCAUGGGGCUGCCAGCGAGGCGCUCGGCGUCAGGGAGCCGGGGCGCUGCGGGGCCGCGCCGGGGCGUCCUGCAGCUGCUGCUGUCGCCGGUGCUCCUGCUGCUACUGCACCCAGGCGCCUGUGGGGCUGCAGCGCAGGGAGAGGCGGAGGCGCCCACCCCCUAUCUGUGGAAGACGGGUCCAUGGGGUCGAUGCAUGGGAGACGCAUGUGGUCCAGGAGGCAUCCAGACCAGGGCUGUGUGGUGCGCUCACGCGGAAGGCUGGACGACACUGCACACGAACUGUAAGCAGGCCGAGAGGCCCAGUAACCAGCAACAGUGUUUCAAAGUUUGUGACUGGCACAAAGAGUUGUACGACUGGAGGCUGGGACCCUGGAAUCAGUGUCAGCCGGUGAUUUCAAAAAGCCUAGAGAAACCCCUGGAGUGUGUUAAGGGCGAAGAAGGCAUUCAGGUCAGGGAGAUAACGUGCAUCCAGAAAGACAAAGACAUACCUGCAGAGGAUAUCAUCUGUGAGUACUUCGAGCCCAAGCCUCUCCUGGAACAGGCUUGCCUCAUUCCUUGCCAGCAAGAUUGCAUCGUCUCUGAGUUUUCCACGUGGUCAGAAUGCUCCAAGACCUGUGGCAGCGGGCUCCAGCACCGCACACGUCACGUCGUGGCACCGCCCCAGUUCGGAGGUUCUGGCUGUCCAAACCUGACCGAGUUCCAGGUGUGCCAAUCCAGUCCAUGCGAAGCGGAAGAGAGCAUGUACAGCCUGCAAGUGGGGCCCUGGAGCGCGUGCGCAAUGCCACACUCGCGCCAAGCGAGACAGGCGCGGAGACGCGGGAAGAAUAAAGAGCGGGAUAAGGACCGCAAAGGAGUGAAGGACCCCGAGGCCCGUGAACUUAUUAAGAAAAAAAGAAAUAGAAACAGACAAAACAGACAGGAGAACAAAUACUGGGACAUCCAAAUCGGAUAUCAAACCAGGGAGGUCAUGUGCAUUAACAAGACGGGGAAAGCUGCUGAUUUAAGCUUUUGCCAGCAAGAGAAGCUACCAAUGACCUUCCAGUCCUGUGUGAUCGCCAAAGAGUGUCAGGUGUCUGAGUGGUCAGAAUGGAGCCCAUGCUCAAAAACAUGCCAUGAUAUGGCAUCUCCUACGGGCACACGUGUGAGGACACGGGCGAUCAGGCAGUUUCCUAUUGGCAGUGAAAAGGAGUGUCCAGAACUUGAGGAAAAAGAGCCUUGCGUGUCUCAAGGAGAUGGACUUGCCCCCUGUGCCAUGUAUGGCUGGAGAACUACAGAGUGGACAGAGUGCCGGGUGGAUCCCUUGCUCAGUCAGCAAGACAAGAGACGUGGAAACCAGACGGCCCUCUGUGGAGGAGGCGUCCAGACCCGAGAGGUGUACUGUGUGCAAGUCAACGAAAACCUCCUCUCACAUGUAAAUGCCCAGAAGGACAAAGAAGCCUCAAAACCAGUGGACUUGAAAUUAUGUACUGGCCCUAUCCCUAACACUACACAGCUGUGCCACAUUCCUUGUCCAAUUGAAUGUGAAGUUUCACCUUGGUCAGCUUGGGGACCUUGUACUUAUGAAAACUGUAACGACCAGCAAGGUAAAAAAGGCUUCAAACUGAGGAAGAGGCGCAUUACCAAUGAGCCCACUGGAGGUUCUGGAGGGACUGGAAACUGCCCUCACUUACUGGAAGCCAUUCCCUGUGAAGAGCCAUCCUGCUAUGAAUGGAAAGCAGUGAGACUUGGAGACUGUGAACCAGACAAUGAGAAGGAAUGUGGUCCAGGCACUCAAGUCCAAGAGGUUGUGUGCAUCAACAGCGAUGGAGAAGAAGUUGACAGACAGCUGUGCAGAGAUGCCAUCUUCCCCAUCCCUGUGGCCUGUGAUGCUCCAUGCCCAAAGGACUGUGUGCUCAGCACGUGGUCUUCGUGGUCCUCCUGCUCACAUACCUGCUCAGGGAAAACCACAGAAGGAAAACAGAUACGGGCACGGUCCAUUCUGGCCUAUGCAGGUGAAGAAGGUGGAAUCCGCUGUCCUAAUAGCAGUGCUUUGCAAGAAGUCCGUAGCUGUAAUGAGCAUCCUUGUACUGUAUACCACUGGCAAACUGGUCCCUGGGGCCAGUGCAUCGAGGACACCUCAGUAUCGUCCUUCAACACCACUACAAAUUGGAAUGGGGAGGCCUCUUGCUCUGUUGGCAUGCAAACAAGAAAAGUCAUCUGUGUACGAGUCAAUGUGGGCCAAGUGGGACCCAAAAAGUGUCCUGAAAGUCUCCGGCCUGAAACAGUAAGGCCUUGUCUCCUUCCCUGUAGAAAGGAUUGUAUCGUGACCCCAUUUAGUGACUGGACAUCAUGCCCUUCCUCAUGUAAAGAAGGGAACUCUGGAGUCAGAAAGCAAUCUCGGCAUCGGGUCAUCAUUCAACUGCCAGUCAACGGAGGCCGGGACUGCACAGAUCCUCUCUAUGAAGAGAAGGCCUGUGAGGCCCCUCAAGUAUGCCAAAGCUACAGGUGGAAGACUCACAAAUGGCGCAGGUGCCAAUUAGUCCCUUGGAGUGUGCAGCAGGACAGCCCUGGAGCACAAGAAGGUUGUGGGCCUGGACGACAGGCAAGAGCUAUCACUUGUCGAAAGCAAGAUGGAGGACAGGCUGGCAUCCAUGAGUGCUUUCAGUAUGCAGGCCCUGUGCCAGCUCUUACUCAAGCCUGCCAGAUCCCCUGCCAAGAUGACUGUCAAUUUACCAGCUGGUCCAAGUUUUCUUCUUGCAAUGGAGACUGUGGUGCAGUUAGGACCAGAAAGCGUACUAUCGUAGGAAAAAGUAAAAAGAAGGAAAAAUGUAAAAAUUCCCAUUUGUACCCCCUGAUUGAGACUCAGUAUUGUCCUUGUGAUAAAUAUAAUGCCCAACCUGUGGGAAACUGGUCAGACUGUAUUCUACCAGAGGGAAAAGUGGAAGUGUUACUGGGAAUGAAAGUACAAGGAGACAUCAAGGAAUGUGGACAAGGAUAUCGUUACCAAGCAAUGGCAUGCUACGACCAAAAUGGCAGGCUUGUGGAAACAUCCAGAUGUAACAGCCAUGGUUACAUUGAAGAGGCCUGCAUCAUCCCCUGCCCCUCGGACUGCAAGCUCAGUGAGUGGUCCAAUUGGUCCCGCUGCAGUAAAUCAUGUGGGAGUGGCGUGAAGGUUAGAUCUAAAUGGCUGCGUGAAAAACCAUAUAAUGGAGGAAGGCCUUGCCCCAAACUGGACCAUGUCAACCAGGCACAGGUGUAUGAGGUGGUCCCCUGCCACAGUGAUUGCAACCAGUACAUAUGGGUGACAGAGCCGUGGAGCAUCUGCAAAGUGACCUUUGUGAAUAUGCGGGAUAACUGUGGAGAGGGCGUGCAAACCCGGAAAGUGAGAUGUAUGCAGAAUACAGCAGAUGGCCCCUCUGAACAUGUUGAGGAUUAUCUCUGUGACCCAGAAGAGAUGCCCCUGGGCUCUAGAGAAUGCAAAUUACCAUGCCCUGAAGACUGUGUGAUAACCGAAUGGGGUCCUUGGACUCCAUGUGCUUUGCCUUGCAAUCAAAGCAAUUUCCGGCAAAGGUCAGCUGAUCCCAUCAGACAACCUGCUGAUGAAGGAAGAUCCUGCCCUGAUACUGUUGAGAAGGAACCCUGUAACCUGAAUAAAAACUGCUACCACUAUGAUUAUAAUGUAACAGACUGGAGUACAUGUCAGCUGAGUGAGAAGGCAGUUUGUGGAAAUGGCAUUAAAACAAGGAUGCUGGAUUGUGUUCGAAGUGAUGGCAAGUCAGUUGACCUGAAAUACUGUGAGGAGCUUGGUCUGGAAAAGAACUGGCAGAUGAAUACAUCCUGCGUGGUGGAAUGCCCUGUGAACUGUCAGCUUUCUGACUGGUCUCCUUGGUCAGAAUGUUCUCAAACAUGUGGUCUCACAGGAAAAAUGAUCCGAAGACGAACAGUGACCCAGCCCUUUCAGGGUGAUGGAAGACCAUGCCCUUCCCUGAUGGACCAGUCUAAACCUUGCCCAGUGAAGCCCUGUUAUCGGUGGCAAUAUGGCCAAUGGUCUCCAUGCCAAGUGCAGGAGGCCCAAUGUGGAGAAGGGAUGAGAACAAGAAACAUUUCUUGUGUAGUGAGUGAUGGAUCGGCUGAUGAUUUCAGCAAAGUGGUAGAUGAAGAAUUCUGUGCUGACAUUGAACCCAUUAUAGAUGGUAAUAAAAAAAUGAUUCUGGAGGAAACCUGCACCCAGCCCUGUCCAGGAGACUGUUAUCUGAAGGACUGGUCUUCGUGGAGCCUCUGUCAGCUGACCUGUGUGAACAGUGAGGAUCUAGGCUUUGGUGGAAUACAGGUCAGAUCCCGAGCAGUGAUAAUACAAGAACUAGAGAAUCAACAUCUAUGCCCAGAGCAGACCUUAGAAACGAAAUCAUGCAAUGAUGGACAGUGUUAUGAGUACAAGUGGAUGGCUAGUGCUUGGAAGGGCUCUUCUCGGACAGUCUGGUGUCAAAGGUCAGACGGUGUGAAUGUAACAGGAGGCUGCUUGGUGAUGAGCCAGCCUGAUGCUGACAGGUCUUGUAACCCACCGUGUAGUCAACCCCACUCAUACUGUAGUGAGACAAAAACAUGCCAUUGUGAAGAAGGGUACACUGAAGUUAUGUCUUCUAACAGUACACUUGAGCAAUGCACACUAAUCCCCGUGGUGGUGAUUCCCACCAUGGAGGACAAAAGAGGAGAUGUGAAAACCAGUCGGGCAGUACAUCCAACCCAACCUUCCAGUAACCCAACAGGACGGGGAAGGACCUGGUUUCUGCAGCCAUUUGGGCCAGAUGGGCGACUAAAGACCUGGGUUUACGGUGUUGCAGCUGGGGCAUUUGUGUUGCUCAUCUUUAUUGUCUCCAUGAUUUACCUAGCUUGCAAAAAGCCAAAGAAACCUCAAAGAAGGCAAAACAACCGACUGAAACCUUUAACUUUAGCCUAUGAUGGCGAUGCAGACAUGUAACAUAUAACUCUUCCUGGAAACAACCAGUGUAGGCUUUCUGAUUUUGUAUUAGAUAUCCAGAGGCCAUAACAAAAAUAUCCAAACCGUGUGGAAUAAAAUUAGUUUUAACUUUUUAAAAGAUCACCAUAAAGACAAAGACUGAAAGUCGUACUGCCACUGGGAAUAUUCAAGACAGCACCACUUACAUAUAGACCAUCAACCCUGAGAAUCCUGGGAGAUUUAGUUAAAUACAUGCUGCAAAUCUGAGUAUUUUAUGUCAUCAUUUCUGAAGUCUACCAACUGAAUAACCACUUUCAUCUUUUAAAAUUACUGGUGGGACUAGCAGGCUCUGCCUGAUUGAAGACUCUUUGCAAUGUUAACCCAUAACUUUCUAGCAUGAAGAGUUUAUACCAAGAUCUCUACAAUAUUAUAGUCAAGCUUAACAAUGCAUACGCUUAAUUGAAUGAAACACAUUAUUACAUCAGAUUAUGUACUUAAUAAUAAGCAAUUUUAAUGAUGAAUAAGAGAUAAGCUCUAAGCUAGGAAAAAAAUCCAUUGAAUGAAUUUGGUAUCUUGGUGGUUGAUGGUAGCUUCUGUUGACUUGCAUUUCAGAGACCAAGACUCUUUUAUAAAAGACUUCCUUCUUGUCUCUUUCCAAAGUAUGAAUGCUGAACAUCUACUAGUAUCUUAGAAGAAAGAGUCCUCAACUUCAGUAUUUUAUAGUGGUUAUUGUCUGAAAAACUAAUUUGCUCGUGUUAAUACAUUUCUACUUUCUCUAAUUUUCAAACUGGUUGCCUGCAUCUAUUUUGCUAUAUGGAAGGCACAUUUUUGCACUAUAUUAGUGCACCGUGAUAGGCACUUAACCAGUAUUGCCAUAGAAACUGCCUCUUUUCAUAUGGGAUGAAGACAUCUGUGCUAAGAGUGACAUGGAGACUUUUGCAAGUUCUUAUAUCCUGAAGAGAGUAAAGUUCAGUUUGGAUGGCGACAGGAUGGAAUCAGCUCUUACACCCGCUAUCUACACUCUCCCGCAUCACUGCAGCCAUUGUGAAACCAACAACAUGGUAGUAAUUUAAGUGUUAAAAUACCUAACAUAUUAACCCUCUAAAAGAUGGAUCCCCUAGUUGGUUUGUAAUUGUUCUUUGAAGGCUGUUUAUGACUAGAUUUUUAUAUUUAUUAUCUUUGUUAAAAAAAAAAAGAAAAGAAAAGAAAAAAGGAACUGGUUGUCUUUUUAAUUUUGAGCAGAUGGAAAAAGUAAUGUAUUGCUGAUUUUUAUAACUGAAAAAAAAUCGUGUUGAGUUUUGCUUCUCCCUAAUUUGUUUUCCCAAUUUCUGUCUCACAGACAAUAUUUCAGAAUCCAUAGUCUUUUGUUUUUCUUGAUGGUAAAAUCUAAAGCAGUCUUUUAAUACAUGAUUUCAGAGAUGGAAAUUUUAAAAAUAAAAGACUAAGUAUAUUUUCCAGGACUUCAUUAAGUAUUUAGGCAAAGGGUGGCAAACUUUUUCUAUAAAGGGUCGAAUAGAUAGUAAAUGUUUUAAUCGGGAUCUAGGUUGCAAUUUUUCAGCUCUACCAUUGCACUAAUGCAACAUAGUACCCAUGAGGUAAAAGAAUGAACAUGGCUGAUUUUCAGAUAAAAUUUUCUUUACAAAAAGUGCUAGCAGGCCACCUUUGCAGAUCAUGAUAUGCUGACCCCUGGUCUAGAUGUUUUUGAAUGCUAACUCUCCAUUGUAUCAUCUUUUGUUUUCACUUAUUUGCUUUCUGACUGUGAUCAGUGUUUAAUUUAAAUGGUGAAAUUUACAGUUUUUAAAUUUACUACUGUAUUAGAAGUAGCUAUAUUUUUCACAGAUAUAGCCCUGGGAGUGGCACAGUGGAACAAUCUCUAAUUUACCAGAUAUCUUUCAUAUAAAAAAAAAUCAAAAGAUGCCAUUAAAAAGCAAUACUAUUUUUCAAGCAGCAUUUAUUGCAACAGACUUUAGCAGAGGGGAGGACAUCGUGUUUUCAGUUCUUUUAAAAAGUAGUAUAACAAUCCAAAAGACAAACCAAAAAUCUGUUUUAUCUUAAGCAUAGCUGUGUUAAUAUAGAAGUAGAUUGGAUUUUAAGGCAUCUACCUGCAUUCUGGAGUUGGAACUCCCCCUGCUGUUCAUUACAGUAUUUGCAGAUUAUGAAAGAUCAGAUUGGGAUUUCAUUGUCCCCAAAACGAAAUAUCUAUGUAUUUCAAUAAGAACUAUAUGCACUAAACACUAAUUCGUCAUUCAUUAGUCACUGUAUCAGAUAAUGUAAAUCAUUUCAAAGAGAAUAGAUAUUCAGGAAGAUGAAAAUUUUGCUUUAAACCAAGAAUUUAAACAAGGAAAAACAUAAAACCCGUUUCAUCAGUAUUAUUGAAAAGGAAGAAAAUAUAUUAUUUUGAGUCUAAAACUGUGACUGUCAAUGUAAAUACUCAGGGGUCUUCCAGAUAUUCCUCAAGUUAAUCUCUUUGUAAAAAAUUAAAUCCAUUUGUCCAAUACGGUUAAGAAAAAUUCUACUAUAGUUACUUUAGAAACUUAGCUAACAAUAAAAUGUGUGAAAAACCUAACAGUUUUAAAUGUGGAGAAGAACAAAAUAGUAUUCCCACUAAAGCUAUACCUAAGGUAUUAAUUCAGAGGGAAAUAGGUAUUGUCCUACCUAUAUUGUAAGAAGAAAUUGAGUUAAGAGAUACAAAAUUGUAAAAUGUUAUGAAAACACGUGAUGUUUUUAUUCAUAAAGUGAUUACAUUUUACAACAGAAAAGAUUAAGUACAUAUGACCUAUCACUAAGAAACACAUUCAAAGUUCAUUGUUAAGGUAGAUAAAUACUGGAAGGCCUCUUUUUUUGAAAAAAAAAAAAAGGUAGAAAGAAACAAAUAGAGCUAUUUGGCUGUUUUGGACAAAUGGAAGGUUACUAUAGUCAUGUUUAUAACAUGAAAAUGGCCUUAAUUUCAUUCCUGGCAUGAGUCAAUAAUGAGUUAAAUACUUUGCUGGAAUUUCACCAAACCUUUAUUCUUCCUGUUCAUUCUAAGAAUUCAGGAAGGGAAUACAGUAGUAACUUGUCUAUUGACACUUUUUGCCUUACCAAUAUGGUCUGUGAGCCCACAGGAUUUAGAACUGCCAUUCCAUAACUGGGGAGAUCUGCAUGGUUUAAAAAAAAAAUGAAAGAAAAGCAUUGACUCAGUAUUAUAUGAUUUUGUUGGACUGUAUUAUUAGAAACCAUAGGUUACAGAAGUGGAAUAACUGAUCUCUCUUGAAAUGGACUGAUUUUCCUAUUUACCAAUACCGAGUCCAGUCUAUUGACUUUAAUACUUACUUCAAAGCCUUUUUGAGGACACUACAGUGUAACUUAAGCUAAUUGAAAAAGAGUGCAUAAAAGCAUGUUUUUGAUUACUUAUAACAAAGCACAAAUUACUUAUAACAAGACAAAUAGUUACUGAAUUAUUACAUGUAUGACACUCUGCGUGGUACUGUAAAAAAAAAUAGUAAUGGCUUUUGUAUUCAUAGGUACCUAAGACACUCAAAAGAAGGAAAAAAUACUUAAUGAGUGAAGAGAGCAUUUAAACAUUUUGCCCUUUACUCUAGACUUGUCUUUAUAUGUGGUUAGAAUUUUCCAUGUGUAAUAUUAGGAUCUGUUAGGAUCACGCUUGUUAAGAGUUUGAUUCUUUCCUACUCUAUCAUCAGGCAGGUAGCAACAGUCAUUAUAGUUUAACAAAACCCUGUUAAGUUGCUGUACAUUUCAAGAUAACUCACUUCUUGCAAAAAGUAAGUAGUAUCUAUCACAUUUACUUCUAUUCCCUGUAUCCUUUAUCUUUGAUGAUUAUUUUUUCUCUGCCUGAUCUCUCCACUCAACUCUUAUGAAUAGCUAAUCUUGUCUCCUUUCCUCAGAACCAUCUUCCACUACGUACACAUCCAAACUUUUAAUUAAAAAAAUGAAUACCUAUAUUUCCUUCCUAUUGGAAUCAAAGUGUCAGCAUAUGAACAUCUUGAUUUAAGCAGGAUGCCCUGUUCAAAUAAAUUAGUAAAGGAAAAGGAAAGAUGUGAAAAAUAAAAACAAAAAUAAAAACAAAAAAAACAGAUCUUUUCUGUAAAAGUGUCAGUUCCUACACUUAACUUUAGUAUUGCCUGGUAUCCUCUUACUCCUACCUCCAUCUUGAGUCUUUGUUCACUUCCCACCCUACAAAACAAUAAUGGACUGAACCUUUCAGUGCUAUACAGAAAUAAGAGCCUAUUCUGGGCUGACUUGGGAUCUGAAUAGAUUUGCAAGAGCCAUACUUCCCAAAUGGUCUCAGAUCUCACUAUUUAUAAAAGUAUUACCAAGUGAAAAUGUGUUUCUUGUUCUAUUUCCUCUCUACCAUUGGGGAUGUUGAAAGGACAGCAACCCAUGAACAAAUAUGUAAGGGCUCUUGUCAGAGAGUGAUCUUUCAUGGGUCUGCUUUAGACAUGAGAACUACAUCUGCCCAUUCUGAUAACAGGCUCACCUGAUCCUACCC